AUGGCUGUUUUAUGCUCCAUAUGCUCAACGAAUGAAUCCAAAUAUGUUUGUCCUAAAUGUAGAAUAGUCAAAUAUUGCUCAGUCAAUUGCUUCACAAAACAUAAAGAACAAUCGCAUCCAGAAAAUAGCGCACCAAAAACAACAAAAACAACAAAUAAUAGAGUGAAUACAUCUGAUGAUAAUAAUAAUAAUAAUAAUAACACUACUAAUCAUAAUGAAAUUGUAAAUAGAACAGAUGAAGAGCUUUACAAUAGUGAUAAUAGUAGUAGUGAAAGUGAUAAUAGUGUGGAAAGCUCAUCAGAAAAUGAAACAGACAAUGAAAGUGAUAGCGAAAUGGAAAUAGAACAACCACCACCACCACAAAAAAAACCAAUAAAUGAACCCAAAGAUAGCAAAUUUACAGAGAGUUUAGAUUACUUUAAAAAAGUUUCAGACGAACAAUUUGAAAAACUAUCAAAUUCCAAAUAUAUAAAUAGUGUUAUUACACAUAAACAACUAAAAUCAUUAAUAUUAGAAGUUGAUGAACAACCAAAUGAUUUCGAUAGAAUUAGAUUACUUCAAGAAUAUAGGAAAAAGAUACCAGAGUUUAAUGAAUUUAUUUUAAAAGUUUUGGCAACUAUAGAUUGUUUAGAUACAUUAACAAUAGAUAAUGAUGGAAAUUUAAUUAAAAAAUAA